AAACAGGUCACUCUCACCAAUUUAUACAUUUGCUCCCUAGAAACAUCGUCGAAAUUCACCGCCGGCUUCUACCCAGUCAGAUCUUCCACACACACACACACAGAUCCGCGCAUAUAUAUAUAUAUACAUACAAUCUUCCCACUAUGCCUUCCCCAAUUAUACUCCAACAAUGGGGACUCCCAGUCGCAUAAACCUGAAUUGGACCUCCCUAUUAUUGUUUUCUCUCGUCUUCCUGCUUUUCGCAGCCAUGGCGGAGAGUUCGCGGCCGUGCACGGCGGGGGACUCCGGCCCGGUGGUGCCGACGACCCCGCUCGUCGCCUUCCUCGAGCGCGUCCAGGAAGCGGCGCUGAAGGCCUUCGGCGGCGACGACUUCGACCCCAAGUUCUAUGUGGACUUGUCGUUGAAGCGCAAUCUGUCGGUCACCCAAGAAGCCUUCGAGAAGCUUCCGAAUACGUCGGACGGGGCAGUGCCGGCCGGCGAUCUGAACGGGUUUAUCGGGGAGUACUUGAAGAAGCCCGAGGCGGGCUUGGUGGUGGUUGAACCGGCUGAUUUUGUGCGGGAACCGGAGGGCUUCUUGCCGGCGGUGGUGAACCGGAAGGUGAGGGAUUGGGCUCUGGAGGUGCACUCGCUUUGGAAGAAUCUGAGCCGGAAAGAGGCGGCCGAGGUGUUUCACCUGCCGGAGUUUCAUACUCUGUUGCCGUUGCCUAAGCCGAUGAUAAUUCCGGGGUCCAGGUUUAGAGAGGUGUAUUACUGGGAUUCUUACUGGGUGAUCAGGGGCUUGCUAGCAAGUAAAAUGCAUGAGACUGCAAAAGGGAUUGUGAGUAAUCUGAUUUCCCUUAUUGAUGAAUUUGGGCAUGUUCUUAAUGGUGCAAGGGCAUAUUACACUAACAGAAGCCAACCUCCUCUUCUGAGUUCAAUGAUACAUGAUAUAUACAAAAGGACUGGUGAUUUGGACUUUGUUAAGAAGUGUCUCCCAGCCUUGCUAAAAGAACACAAAUUCUGGACUACAGGAAUACAUGCUGUGACUGUGUAUGAUGCUCACGGGUUCAAACACACACUGAGCCGAUACUAUGCAAAGUGGAAUAGACCAAGGCCAGAAUCAUCGACCACUGACAAGGAAACUGCUUCCAAGCUGUCGGAUGAUUCUGACAAAAACCUCCUUUACCGACAGCUAGCUUCAACUGCUGAAUCUGGCUGGGAUUUCAGUACAAGAUGGAUGAGGAAUACCUCUGACCUCACUACAUUGAAUACAAUAUCAAUCUUACCUGUCGACUUAAAUUCUUUCAUACUCAAGAUGGAACUUGACAUUUCCUUCCUUGCGAUGGCCACUGGAGAUAGUAGAACUGCUGGACAAUUUCUACAAUUUGCUCAAGCAAGAAAACAUUCAAUGAACACUAUUUUUUGGAAUGCAAAGAUGGGACAAUGGCUAGACUAUUGGGUCAGCAAUGGAACUACAUGCCAGGGUGCUCACCCAUGGAAGCACUCGAGCCAAAAUCAAAAUGUAUUUGCCUCAAACUUCAUUCCUUUGUGGAUUGACUUGUUUCACUCAGAUCGUGCGUUGGUGGAAAGAGCCGUGCAGAGCCUUCAAAGUUCUGGGCUGAUCCGUGCAGUUGGUAUUGCAACAACUUUGACCAAUUCUGGACAACAAUGGGACUUUCCAAAUGGUUGGGCACCACUUCAACAUAUGAUUGUUGAAGGUUUGGUCAAGUCAGGAUCGAAGGAGGCAAGUGCUUUGGCAGAGGACAUUGCUGUGAGGUGGAUCAGGACCAACUAUGUUGCUUACAAGAAAUCAGGAGCAAUGCAUGAGAAAUAUGAUGUUGAGAAAUGUGGAGAAUUUGGAGGUGGUGGUGAAUACGUUCCCCAGACGGGCUUUGGAUGGUCAAAUGGGGUGGUCUUGUCAUUCUUGGAAGAGUUUGGUUGGGCUAAAGAACUGAAGAUUGAUGAUUGCAAUUGAGCAGAGAAAUUGAUUGCUUUUGGGAACAAUUAGGGAUUCAUAUUGUUAGUGUAGGUGAAUUACUUUCACGUAUGAAAUUUGUGUAAUUGUUUGCAUCUUAAAAUAAAUUAUAUGGAAUUGAAAUCAAGCAAGUUUUACUCAA